AUGCCUCAUCAUGAAGAAAAACCCAACUUUUCCGCCCCGUCAGGAAUCCAUGAUUUUGCCGCCCUCCUGUUCGACAUGGACGGCACUAUCAUCGACUCCACGGACGCUAUCGUGAAGUACUGGCAUGCUCUAGGCAGAGAGAUCGGUGUACCGGGUGAACAGAUCCUGGAGACGUCUCAUGGCCGAAGGACGAUCGAUGUACUUGGACUUCUCGCACCACAAAAAGCCAAUUGGGACUUCGUGUGCAAAGCCGAAGGUCAGGUCCCGAUCCAGUACGGUAAGGAUGCCGUCGAGGUCCCUGGAAGUCGGAGUCUGCUAGAGAAGCUCGAGGCAGCUGGUGCACAAUGGGCGAUCGUGACGAGUGGAACGAGACCAUUGGUCACUGGAUGGUUGGACGUGAUGAAGCUUGCGCAUCCGCAGUACCUUGUCACGGCCGAAGAAGUGAAGAAUGGCAAGCCAGAUCCUGCCUGCUACAGAUUAGGUGCCAAGCGACUAGGCCUGAACGAUGGCAGUGAUGCAGAGGCAUCAAGUGGCAGGAAGAUUUCUCCGAACGAUGUGCUCGUUCUGGAAGAUGCUCCAGCUGGUGUUCGAGCAGGCAAGGCGGCUGGGUAUCGAGUCGUCGCUCUGGCUACUACGCAUGCAAUUGAGAAACUACGAGAGGCAGGGGCGGAUUGGAUCGUGCAAGAUAUGCGUAGCGUGACACUCAGCCAAUACGAUCAGAAGUCUGGCAAGACUAGUAUAGAGAUCCGAAAUGCUCUGGUUGCUUGA